CAAGACUCUCCGAUACUGUGCAAACGUACGGGCGCCCCUACUAGCAAACUAACAACAGCCUAUACUCAUUCCCAGUGCAAAGACAUGACACUCAUAUGGUCAUUUUCACAGCCACUAACCAUAAAAGGCAGGGUAGUGCAACCCAUUCCCUGACACUACGCGACGUGGCUGCCACCAUUCCGAGCCCUAACUUGCUACUGGUCCACAUGCCAACAUAAGCCCUGGCUCAUACUUUUUUACGAUUCACCACGAGUACGUUCCAUCAACCAUGACCGCUCACGAACAAGCACAUAGCGACCCACCUCGCCCUUUUUCCAUCGAUCUCUCCUUAGAACUCGAGCGACAGCUCGACAAUGAAUCAAACCCGAACUCACCUGUGGAUGCCACAGGACGUCCGAAUUCCCUGGAUCCUCAUGUCCUCGCUUCAAUCGUCACUCAACUGAGACUGUCGCUCGCAGGUGUCACAAGGGAGCGAGAUGAACUCUCACAAACAGUGGUUGAGAUGCGGGCCCGCGAGGCAGGAACUACGGACACACUUGGGCAUAUGACGGAAAAAUGCUCAAAGCUGCAGGAGGAACUGGAUAACGCUCGUACAAAGAUUAAGGAUGAUGAAGACACCAUAUCUAUACUCAGGACGAAAGUUGAGGAAAGCAGGCGUGGCCUCAUGCGUCUACAGUCUGAAAAUCGACGGGCGAGUCAAUUGCCUUCAGCUCUUGACCUGUCUAGAGCAGGCAUUCCUUCCUUCAACGGCCCACCGUCCUCCAAGCGCGCAUCAUUGAUUGGAUCAACGACUGGGCGUAACAAUGGCCAUAAACGAAUAUCAUCAGUCUCCGACAACGUUCUCGACAGUUCUCAUCUGACAUCCCCUAUUCCCACUCUGACUCCCACGACUUUCACCCUACCUGAUGUGCAGAAAUCCAGGUCCCAACAGCCUUCCCACACGAGGAGGAUGUCUGGCAUGAUCGGUCGUGGGUCACCACCGCAGUCUCUUUUCCCUUCGGAAGAGUCUGCUGAGUUGGAAAUGCUACGCCGGGAGCUCAAUGCUGUGAAGGCUGAACUUGACGAUGUGAAACAUGAACUGAGUGAAACAAACGAGGCUCGCGAAGCAUCAGACACUUGCGUCAAAGCUCUACGGGAAUUCAUCGAAGAAAACCAGGUUGGAGCUGUGCCAAAGAGCCUUCCCCCUUCGCCUGCAGAGGUGAAGAAACUACCAACACCAACACCGGCACCAGCACCAGCUGUUACUGGGUGGGGAUUCAAACUCUGGCGAGCAGAUUCUAUAACCCAGAGUCCUGUACUGCCCUCUUCAUCCCCUGCCGCACCCGCCGCCCACACUGCAUCCCCAUCCCUAUCAUCGCUGACACCCCCUGUUCCUCUCUCCAAAAAACUGGGCGACUUCUUCGGUACUCGUGCCCCAGCAGCUGCUGCUUCUAAAACGCCGCAACGCGUUGAACAAGAGCCAAUGUACAAUGGCAUGUCGGAUACGUCGUCCGUCGAGGAUUCUGUAACCGAACCCAUCAGCCCCGCAAGCGAACGUCCUCGACCAGCUGUAUAUGUACGAGAUACCACCAGUGUAACAUCUGAGUCGUCGCGGGAUCUUGGUGUCAAUCUCGAGGGAAAGCUGCUUCCCCCAGAUGCUGACGGUACCCUGACCUCUGUUGUUAUCUGAUUAGUGUACUAUGAUAGGCAUUUCUGAUCGGGCUUUUUAUAAGGGCCUUCCCUACUAGACAUUCGAAUUCGUUUUCUCACCUCGAACUUAGUUUAGACGGGAAUUGACGCAUACCCUUUUUCGCAAAUAUAGUAUAUACCUCUGUAAUGUACAUGAGCAGGAGGGCGGGAUAAGAUAUAGAAGAACAGACUACUAUCCCUUACGCUCUAUUCGUGACGGUCCACAAUUUCGUGAGUCACACUCAGGUCACGAAUAGUAACGGAC